AGGAGAGCCAAGUCGAAACCCAUCUCUCUUGUCGACGAUAUCACACCUCGUGUCGCUCCUUUUCUGCAAAACGCUGUGAACGAACACGACAUCGUUCAUGUGGAUCGGACCGAUUCCUAGAGUCAUCGUAACGAAGCCGGAACACAUCAAAGAGAUAUUCAGCAGAGUUUACGAUUUUCCGAAGCCACCAACUCACCCUAUAGUUCGGAUGAUGUUUUCUGGUGUAGCGGUUUACGACAGAGAGAAAUGGUCCAAGCACAGGAGGAUCAUUACCCCGGCUUUCCACCUCGAAAAGCUCAAGAAGAUGGUUCCGGCGUUACACGAAAGCUGCAGCCAGAUGGUAAGGAAAUGGGAGAGAAUGGCGAAUGAAGAGGGUUUUUCGGGUGAGGUGGAUGUGUGGCCGUUUCUUGUCAGUAUGACUGCUGAUGCCAUUUCCCGCGCUGCUUUCGGUAGCAGCUUCGAGGAAGGUAAACGGAUCUUCGAGCUCCAAGAUGAACAAGCAGAGCUCGUCGUGAAAGCCCUGCCAAUGGAUAUCAUCUUCCCAGGAUCGAGGUUUCUACCGACGAAGAACAACAUGAGGAUGAGGCAGAUAGACCGGGAAGUGAAGGAAAGAUUAGGGAACAUCAUCAAGAAACGAGAGAGCGAAAUGGAUAACGGCGAGGUUCCAAAGGAAGACCUGCUGGGAAUACUGUUGGAAUCGGGUUCUGGAGAAGAUGGUUUGAGCGUUCAAGACGUGAUAGAAGAAUGCAGGCUCUUUUACUUCGCCGGCCAUGAGACGACCUCUGUACUCCUUGUUUGGACACUGGUUUUGUUAUGUCAGCACCGAGAAUGGCAAGCUCGGGCGAGAGAAGAAGUCGUGCAAGUAUUCGGACAGAACGAGCUCGACUUUGUUAAGCUCUCACAGCUCAAAACAGUUACCAUGAUCUUGAAUGAGGUUCUAAGGCUAUACCCACCAGGAAUCCGCCUAGACCGAGCCACAUAUAGAGAAACGAAACUAGGAGAUAUGACUCUUCCGGCCAAUAUCGAAAUAUCCAUUCCAGUGAUCUUGAUCCAUCGAGACCCUGAUCUCUGGGGCGAAGACGCUAACGAGUUCAAACCCGAGAGAUUCGAGGACGGGAUUUCAAGGGCGACGAAGAACCAAGUGUCGUUCUUACCGUUCGGAUGGGGACCAAGAAUCUGUCCAGGACAGAACUUUGCCCUGACAGAAACCAAGAUGGCUUUGGCACUGAUUCUUCGGAGAUUCUCGUUCGAGCUGUCCAGUUCGUACACUCAUGCACCUCAUACUGUUCUUACGCUUCAUCCUCAAUUCGGCGCCAACUUGAUCUUACACAAGCUCUGAAACACCACAAG